GUUUCCCUGCCAGGAGUUAGCCCUGCUCCCAUCCUACAAGCCUCAAGAUUACAACUAACAGGGACCCAUGAGAGGACAAACUCCCAGGAGCAGUGCGGAUGUUUGGUCGGGGACAGCAGCCUUGUACGGGGGUCUUAACCAGCAACUUUGUCCGGCUAAAGAGAAGGAAAGACCUCGUGGGGGCUCGAGAUGCUGACGAUAAAACUACCGCAGCUCUUCAGCGUCCAUCAGAUGCCUCGGGUAUUCUGGGAAGAUGGGAUCAUAUCUGGGUACCGGCACCCCAAGAGUUCCGCCCUGGACUGCCUGCUCAGUUCCUUCCAAAUGACCAAUGAAACUGUGAAUAUCUGGACCCACUUCCUGCCCACCUGGUAUUUCAUUUGGAGGUUCCUGCUUCUCUCCUACACCCUGGACUUUUGGGGUCACUCCUAUAACUGGCCCCUUCUGGUUUACCUGAUGCUCAUCUGCCUGUACCCCUUCACUUCCAGCUUUGCCCACACCUUCAGCAGCAUGUCCGCCCACGCCCGCCAUAUUUGCUACUUCCUGGACUACGGAGCGCUGAGCCUUUAUAGCCUGGGCUCCGCCUUCACGUACAGCGCAUACAUCAUGCCUGACCGAUGGAUCAACAGCGCCCUCCACCGAUACUUUGUGCCCAUUGCAGCCUUCAACACCUUCAUCUGCACAGGACUAUCAUGCUACUCCCGGUUCCUGGAAGUGGAUCGGCCGCAACUCAGCAAAGUCCUGCGCACAGUGGCGUUUGUGCACCCCUUCGUGUUCGACAAUAUCCCGCUGUUUUUCAGGCUGAUAUUUUGCUUUGGAGAAGACUGUAACUGGAACGAGGCGAUCCCCCUGCACUUCUACCACCUGACCUUGGCUUUUCUCACUGGUUUCCUCUUCGCCUCCCAUUUGCCUGAACGCCUGGCGCCCGGACGCUUCGACUACUUUGGCCACAGCCACCAACUAUUCCACGUCUGCGCUGUGCUGGGCACUCACUUCCAGCUGGAGGCUGUGCUGUGUGACCGAGCCACUCGGGAGGCCUGGCUAGCCGUGCACUCAGAAGGGGACUCUCUGGCCUGUACCCUGGGGGUCGUGGCCACUGCCCUGGUGGGGAACCUCAUCCUUAUCUGUUUCUUCACUGCCACACUGAUGUGGUCUCCACGUGCCAACUCCAUUCUCCACAAUCACAACCCUGGUGAUGCCAAACUGAAGGAAUGCUGAUGCCUCGCCCUGACAUGUCGCCGUUUAGGUGAUCGUGCCCCAUGGCCAGUGUCAGUCUGUACGGCUCUAGCCAUAAAGUGGAGCCUCUUAUAGUGAGAGGAGGUCCCUCUGUCCGGCCAACGUUCUUGGGGAACAGGCCGAGCCUGGCAAACUAUAGCACUUAUCUUGUUUAUAGUAGUACUGAGUAUGUUCCACUGUGAGCCCAAAGCAAUCUCCCCCAGUACUUUCCCAGGUACAGAGCUCUGAUAUUCUCUACUUCCUGCUCUUGGUCUGCUCUCCUUCCCAUGGUCAGACAGGAACAUCCCCCUGGGAAAGUGAAUCCAAUCUCCCCCAGUACUUACCCAGGUACAGAGCUCUGAUUCUCUGCACUUCCUGCUCCUGGGCUGUUCUCUUUCCCAUGGUCAGACAGGAACCUCCCCCUGGGUAAGUGAAUCCAAUCUCCCCCAGUACUUACCCAGGUACAGAGCUCUGAUUCUCUGUACUUCCUGCUCCUGGGCUGUUCUCUUUCCCAUGGUCAGACAGGAACCUCCCCCUGGGUAAGUGAAUCCAAUCUCCCCCAGUACUUACCCAGGUACAGAGCUCUGAUUCUCUGUACUUCCUGCUCCUGGGCUGUUCUCUUUCCCACAGGCAGGGGCGGGGCUUCGACUUAAAGGGUUUGAAUCCCUUUAGAAUCAGAGUAGAGCUCAUUGUUUGGGCAAGCUCUUUCUGUUGGGAGAAGCCCUAUCUCCUUGGCCAAUAGCGUUCAGUGCAAUGGGAAAACCAUCUGACCAAGAUCACUUAGGAGAAAACUCCGCCCUAUUUCCUUCCCAGGGGAAAGAGAGCAGCCCAGAAUCAAGAAGAAGCAGAGCUAUGUGUCUGGGUAUUUCCCAGGGUGGAGUUGAAGUGUCUAGAGCAGAUUGAGAGUCUCCUAGUACUUGAUGGGCCCUAAUGUGUAGUAGAUACGUGGAACGGAGCAGGUGGUCUGUAUUAAGGAUUGAACUGGGGGUCGCACCAUUUUUCAGCAAUGAUCCAUUGGAUUGCAGAGCUUUUCUGCUGCAGCUGCUCCCAUGAUUGGCUGGGCCCGUGCCCCGAGCACCCGAAGAAUUAGGGCGUUCCGCCCCGUCAGCUGAAUUACAGGAAUGUUCCAAGAAAGUGACAAUAAUGGAGCCCUUGUUUGUGUGCAGCUUCUAGUGGGCCGGCCCAAACGUGGGCUACUGUACGUGUUGGACUCUUCCCUACUAUAUAAUGCAUCACUGGCCCCCCAUGUGUGGCUGGGGAGGGGUGUAAUUACGGGAGUGGAAAUAAUUAAAGGGGAAAUUGGCAUGUGACUAAUAGGGUGAGAUUUUAUACAAGAAUCCUUGUGCUGUUGCUUCUGCUGUUAAACACUUCACUCUGGGUUUAUAUAUAUGUAUCUACUUACCUGCUAAGGGUGACCAUGGCUAGUAAAGGCUCUCCAGUGGCAACUCACUGCUCCUAUUUUGUGUUUGCCUUAAAGGGGUGGUUCACCUUUAAGACACCUUUUAUUGUGUCAUAGAAUGGCUAAUGCUAAGCAACUUUUCAAUUGGUCUUCAUUUUUUAUUAUAGUUUUUUUAAAAAUAUUUGCCUUCUGCGUCUUUCCAGCUUUCAAAUGGGGGUCACUGACCCCAUCUAAAAAAACAAAUUCUCUGUAAGGCUACAAGUGUAUUGUUAUUGCUACUUUUUAUUCCUCAUCUUUCUGUUCAGGCCUCCCCUAUUCAUAUUCCAGUCUCUUAUUCAAAUCAAUGCAUGGUUGCUAGGGUAAUGUGGACCCUAGCAACCAGACUGAUGAAAGUGCAAACUGGAGAGCUGCGGAAUAAAAAGCGAAAUAAGUCAAAAAACACAAAUAAUAAAAAGUGAAAACCAACUACAAAUUGUCUCAGAAUAUCCCUCUCUAUAUCAUACUAACAGUUAAUUUAAAGGUGAACACCCCCUUUAACGGACCACUUUGGAUUUUAAAAGCUGAAUUAUUUGUUUGUGCUGCGCUUCCCUCUAGUGUUCAAGGGUCGGUACUGCAAGUUGAUGUUCAUGUCUGGACAUAGAGUUUAUACACUGAGAGCUCUUGUGAAUGGGCUGCACUUCCAGUCUACCAUACUCAGUACUACUAUAUCCCAACUGUCAUGUAUUCAGGGGGCAGUGCAAAUGGGACCACGUUGCACCCACAAUGAACUUGCCCUUUGCAGAGCCGCUGCUGAAUGUAUCGUUACUGUUACUAAUAGGAGUAUUUUAGCGUGGAAUUAUAUAUAUUAUAUAUAACAGAACUAACUGCACUUUUUCUAUGAGAGGCCCCUGAAUCCAAUACAUUCCCAUGCACCGUCUGUUACGACUACUGAGGAGCACACUGACAUCUCAUUCCUUUCCUGACUUUGUUCUUGUAUAGAUGGAGCACAUGAGCAGCACCCAGCAGUGGAGAGGGGGUGUGGCCUCAUGCCAAGGUCAGCUCCAUCUCUCCUGUGUAACCCCUGACUUGCUGCUAAUUCCUCGGCCAUAUUGUCUCUUAAGCCGUCACCCGUUUAUACACGCAGGUUUAAAGGGAUGCUUCACCUUUAAGUUAACUUUUAGUAUGUUGUAGAAUGGCUAAUUCUAAGCACAUUUUCAAUUGCUCUUGAUUAUUUAUUUUUUAUAGUUUUUGAUUUAUUUUGCCUUCUGUUGUCUGACUCUUUCCAGCCUUCAAAUGGGGGGUCACUGACCCCAUCUAAAAACAAAUGCUCUGUAAGGCUACAAAUGUAUUGUUAUUGCUACUUUUUAUUCCUCCUCUUUCUAUUCAGGCCUCUCCUAUUCAUAUCCCAGUCUCUUAUUCAAAUCAAUGGAUGGUUGUUAGGGGAAUUUGGAACCUAGCAACAAAAUUGCUGAAACUGGAGAGCUGCUGAAUAAAAAGCUAAAUAAGUCAAAAACCAGAAAUAAUAAAAAAUGAAAACCAAUUGCAAAUUGUCUCAGAAUAUCACUCUCUACAUCAUACUAACAGUUAAUUUAAAGGUGAACGACCCCUUUAACUGCGCCAGCACUGGGGUAUCUGCCACUUAAUACUGGGGCCAAGGGGAAGCUCAUUUUGAGUCAAACGAGAGGUGCCCUAAAGCUUAGCCCUGGGACCACAGAUGUUACUGUGCUACAACCUCCCCCCUUUAUUAUAUGUCAAGGAAUGCUGGGAGUUGUAGUGCAGCAACAUCGGUGACCCAACGUUAAGAAACAGGGGUACUGCUGAUUUCCCAGAAUUCCCUAUAUGUAACCUCAUGACGCUGAUAUCAGGCAUUAGACUACCUUUCCCUGUUAACCCUUGCAGAGUCGAGUGGAAUCCCUUUAAUGUAACCCUAAUUCUAAUAAUUGUGUUUUAUUACAAGGUUUGUAUUGGAAUCAUUAGAUGUAACUGUAGAUAGGAAGCCGCUGAGACGACUCAAAUAAACUUGUUAGCACUACA